UCAUAUACAAAGAAAGGGUAGGCAAGUGGGAAGAACAUUUGAAAACGACCUCUGUUCCUCUCUGGCGCUUUCAAAAUGAUUGGGUGAACUGACACACUUCCUGUGAGGUGGAGGACAACUUCACAAACUAAACAACAGUUUCAGUUACCUAAACCAUACACGUGAAGACGUCCUGAGGAUUUUAUGAGGAGAUUUCUUCCAAGCAGCGGAGGAAUUGAACACUACUCUGUUCAAGGCAAGGGCCAGUAAGGCAUUAAGAACAUUACAGAAGGGGUGGGAGGAUUUGAGGUAAAGUAAAAAGAGAACUCUUGGAUAGGAUGGCAAGAUGAAGAAGGGGAGAGGUGAGAGAGCAGAGAGAAUACUAAAAUACAUGAAAAACAAUAACGUGUUAGUGACACAGUGAAAGGAAGCAACCGUUGAGUGUGAGAGGUUGAGGGCGUGAAGAGUCACAGCAAAGGAACUACAUACGAAGCAGUCAGACUGAUGUUGUCGGAUUACAUUUUGGAACACAGAAAUAAAAAAAGAAUCAAGAAAGAAAAACAAGUAAUGUCCAGAUUAUUAGUCAUCCUAAGCGAUUACAUUUUGAAGGGACUUCAAGUAGGGAGGUAAGGACGAUUUAUUCCAAUCCAUUCUUGAAAACAGUGAGAGGAGCAAGCUAAAAAAAAGAUAAAGUCACAGAUACCAAGAUGAAAAUGGGCACAAACCAGGAGGAUGAAUCUGAGCCAGAAGCUCAACAGAUUCCAGAGGAGACGGGCCCCACAGAGGAGAACAAGGAGAUCCCUGCUGAGCAGCCUCAAGACGCCCCUCCUCCUGAGGACGUCGACCCUCUCAACACCUACAAGUGGCACACUGGGGCCAAGGCAGCAACCCUCGAUGGGACGAGAGGAGAGGGUGGAGUCACAGCAUCAACAACAGAGAAGAUGGAGAAGACCACCACCACCACCAAAUGGAGUAAUAAGAUGCAGAGCUGGCGGAAAGCCAUGAGCGAGGAUCCCGGGGACAGGGCCUCAACCGCUGGACGAGGAGGGGAGGCCCCCAGGCUGGAGAAGAACCCUGCCUCCAGGAAGAACCCCUUCAGAAGGGCCCAGUCUGAGCCUCCAGGGUCGCUGUUCACUACACUGUCCCCCUCCUCCUCCUCUUCAGCCCAGGCAACAUCGGGACCGGCGGCCACCGCAGAGGCAUCGGAGCCGUCCCCCACGGACACGCCACAGAAAGGGGGCGGAGGGGCCCUGUUCAGGAAGUACAUUCGCACUGUCUCGCAGAAGCUCAAGAAGCCCCGGCUGCUGAGCAGAAACAGCACCCCGACCCUCCUACAAGAUGCGGGUGGGAGCGGGCCUGCAGCUGCGUCCCUAGAGCUAACCAGGCUGUCAUGGGCCCCUCCCCAGGACGUCCCCAUUUGGGACAUCAACAACUGUGUCCUGGAGGAUGGACAGAUCCUCAUCACCCAGGAGGAAGAGCCAGUGAUGUGGACCAGGAACCGAGUCAGCAGCUGCCUGUCAAACCUCAGCAUCCAGAACCUGGCAGAUGUCAACAUGGAAUGCAGCCCCGACCACAUGGCCCCUACUGGAGGCCCCAGACUGAAGGGCCAAGAUGGAGGAGUGAGGGGGCUGAUCAAGCGGCGUUUCUAUGGUGGAGCCAUGCGAAAGAGCAAUACCCAGUUAAACACCAUUGGGUUGAACAAAGGGAGCAGCAGGCUCCAUGGAUCACGGGAGUCCGUGUCCAUCCCAGUCAGCGCUGCAGGAAACCUGGAUCUGAGCGCAGACACCAGUACGGUUAUCAGGCCCGUACACAGCUCCAUCCUGGGGGAGAAGUACUGCUUUGAGGUGAUAAACUCAGAGAACAACCACUGUUUUGGGUGCACCUCAGCUGCUGAGCGAGACCGCUGGAUAGAGGACCUGAGACGGGCUGCUCAGCCCAAUAAGGACAACUGUGAGCGGACAGAGAACUCCCUCAGUCUGUGGGUGAACGAGGCCAAGGACCUGCUCCCCAAGAGGCGAUACUACUGCGAGCUGCACCUGGACGGCACCUUGUUCGCCCGCACCACCAGCCGAGCCGUGGGCAAGUCUUCCCAUCACUCCAGCUUGGCUGGUGAUGGGUCCUCUGGUGCCUCGGGUGGGAUGCUCGGGGGCAGCGGCGGGGUGGUCGGAGGCUGCCAGCUGUUCUGGGGAGAGUUUUUUGAGCUGGACAACUUGCCGUCGGUCUCCCAGAUCACCCUGCACCUCUUCCGCGAUGAGGAGCCCAAGAAGAAGCGUCACUCCCGGGAUGAGUCCACCCUGCAUCCCCUUGGCAGUGUGGCCAUAUCCCUGGCCGACAUCCGGGGAAGGGCCUUCCAGGAGAAGUGGCACCCGAUCAUUCCCUACAAGGCGUCUAGUGCCGGUGGGACGAAGGAGCAACUGGGGCCCCAAGCGUCGCUCCGUGUCAAGGCCCGCUUUCAGAACCUGCAGGUGCUGCCCAUCGAGAGGUAUAAGGAGUUUGCAGAGUUUGUGACAGUGGACUAUGUGGCUAUGUGCAGGAACCUGCAGCCACUGCUGUCUGUCAGGGAGAAGGAGGAACUAGCCGGGGCACUGGUCCACGUCUUGCAAAGCAUUGGCAAGGCCAAGGAGUUCCUUAUCGAGUUGGGUAAUGCAGAGGUGGAGCGCCUUGGGGAGAAAGAGGCACUGAUCUUCAGGGAGAACACUCUGGCCACCAAGGCCAUUGAUGAGUACAUGAAGCUGGUGGGGCAGAAGUACCUCAUCGACACCCUGGGGGACUUCAUCACUCGACUGUAUGCCUCAGUAGAGAGCUGUGAAGUGGACCCUCGCAAAUGCCCCGCCUCUGAGCUGUCAAACAACCAGCGGCACCUGAGGGAGAGCUGUGAGGAGGCAGUGCAGAAAAUCACUGAGAUGCACGGAUCUUUCCCUGAAGAGCUGAACAGGAUCUUCUCCAGCUGGGUGACGCUGUGCAAGGAGCAGGGACGACCUGAAAUCGGCCAGCGCCUCAUCUCUGCCUCGCUAUUCCUCCGUUUUCUGUGUCCCGCCAUCCUCAGCCCCUCCCUGUUUGGUCUGACACAGCCCUAUCCAGAGCCGGCCAUCCUGCGCACCCUCACUUUCACCGCCAAGGUCAUCCAGAACCUGGCCAACUUCACCCUGUUUGGGGAGAAGGAGGAGUACAUGCUGUUCAUGAAUGACUUCCUGCAGCAGCACUGGGAGAGGAUGAGGGGCUUCCUUCAGACAGUGUCCAGCCCAGACAUAGAGAUCCCAAUGACAUCCUUCGAUGGCUAUGUGGACUUGCCUCUGCGUCUGGCUGUCCUACACAGCCUGCUGGUCGACAUAAUUUCCCCAAUGAAGCAGGACACCAUAGACAAACUGCACCCUCUGCCUUCAAUCCUGAACCAGAUUACUGAAUCUCUGGGCCCAGAUGCUCCACGGAUUACUGUUAGCAGCAACAUUGGUCAAUCCAAGCCGACCUACGUGCCCCCUAAAGACCUGGGCAAGUACAGCCCUCUGCACAACUCCCAGCUGCAUAUGGAUGUGAAGGGCGGCCAGCGGAAAGAAAGCUUUCAGGGGAUUGAUCGAGACAGGAGGAGUGCCAGAGCGAGGAAGCCAGUAUCCAGGACCCAGAGUGCACCGCACAGACGGCCGGCGGUCCCUAAACAGCUACUGAGGAGACAGGGUAGCACUGAGAAUCUGCCGCUGGAGGACCAAGAUGCAGAGCAGGAAGCCAACCCUCCACUUGAUAUUUCAUCACCACAGAACAGUGUUGGUGUAAAGUCUCCUCCUGCUCCAGUGCCUUGGAUCAAAGUGUCCCACUGCAAGGAGCCGUACGAGAGGAAGAUAGAGAAUGAAGAGAUCAACCUACUGGACAGGCAUGCACAGGAGCUGUCGGAGCUCCGCCUGGGGGUGGAGCAGGUGACAGAGCGUGAGUUGGAGAUGGCCAAGCGGCUGGAGGACUUCAUUGUCCAAAGCCAAGAUCAGAAUGCAGUCCUGCUGGCUGAGGUUAAUGAACUGCGGAAUCUUCUGGCUGUCCGUGAGGAACAGCUCGCCAGCGCCACUUUCAGGCUGGGGGUUAUCGAGGAGGAGAGGGAGGAGGACGAGAGGAAGCUGAACGUUGCCGUGGCAGCAGCUGAGCGAAUGAACGUACUGGAGGAGCAGUUUGCAGACCUGAUGAAGGACAGGCACCAGCUCAGUGGAGACUACACCGGUGACCAGAACAACACACAGUACCCUGGGAUCGGGGCUAAUCAUGUCAACAGCAACUGAAGUCAGACUGACAGCACAGAGUUGUAAUGUAGACAUAUGCGUAGUUUAGUCCCCAUAGCUUUCAUGUUCUUCCAAAUACAACCCCCCCCCCCACCCAGAAUAAUGUUGUUUUGCCUGAUGGGUGGGUCACUUUCAGAAAUACAGGUAUAAUGCUUUUCUCAUGAUAAAACUGAGCAAAUGUAUUCAUGAAUCUUAACCUCGGUGUCCAAUGGCAAAAACAGAAAUGAACUAAAAAGUCACAGGUAUGCUAAACUAUCGCUAAGGUUGCACUUAUUGUGUACACUGUACUUGAAAUGAAAUAUUUGUGGAAGUGCAUUUUGUUGAUUUGACAGAAAUAGACUGAUCUAAUUUGAGUGUAGAAACCUAAAUAUUAAUAAAAGCCUACGGCAAGAACAAUUUCGCUCGCUGCAUGUUUAACAAAAUGAAUUGUAAGGAGACCACACCUUGAUAUGUAAUUCAAUACAUCUUUGCCCUCUUUUGAUACACCACUUCUUAGAAUGUUGUCCAUUUUCCAUCUCCAUUUUGAAUGCAGAUUUACAAUUUCUGUGAACUUAAUUAAAUAAAUAAAACUCAAACAAACAAUGUA